UCCCUCAGAGGUCCCGCCCCUCCGCCAGCAGCCAGGAGGGUGUUAGGGGGCGUUUCUCCAGGAGGAAAGCUGGGAGCUGCGACGCUGAGGAAGGGGACCCCAAAACGUCUGGCACUGCCCCCUCCAGGGAUCACUUUGGACCGCCUCACUCGGCCCAGCGGGAUUCAGAAACGCCGAGGGGUCAACCUGAUGGGUUUCGGGGUCAACGGAAGAGGGGAAGGGGAGCCCUGGCGGGGAGAACCCCCCGGUCCCCCGCCCAGCAGCUGAGGCACAGGAGGGCGGCCAUCUUGGCCGGGAGGGUAGGGCUGGGGAGCUGCGGGCGCCGUGCGAUUGGGGGGCUCGCCCGGAAGUGACGCCAACUACCCGGAAGCGGAGGGGGUUCCCUGGCCCACUCCCCCCUCGUUCGUUUGCUCCCCCGCUUCCUCCCCGCCCCCCUUCCUCUCCAUUCGUUUCCCCCCCUCCCCGUUCCCUGCCUUCUUCCCCCCCCCCAACCGUCCCUCCCCCCCCAACCUCCGGAGCUGGGAAGAGAGUCAAGAUGGCGGCGAAAUCCGAUGGCGGUGGCGUGGGGGUGGGCUUUGCCCAGCUGCACAACCUGGACGAGGCGGUGGGCAGUGGCGGCGAGGAGGACGGGGAGCCCGGGGGAGGCGGCUGCGGCGGCGGCGGCGGCGACGAGCCCGGCGAGAGCAGCUCGCUGCACAUCUGCCACUGCUGCAACACCUCCUCGUGCUACUGGGGCUGCCGCUCCGCCUGCCUGCGCUCCCUCCUGGGCAAGAAGCCGCGCCGCAGCGCCGCCGCCGCCGCCGACGGGGGGGACCAGCCGCUGCAGCCGCCCGCGGCCGCCGGCGCCGACCUCCAACCGACGCCCUCGGCCGCGCCGCCGCAGCCGGAGCGGCCGUGGCUCGACUGCCUGUGGAUCGUGUUGGCGCUGCUGGUCUUCUUCGGGGACGUGGGCACCGACCUGUGGCUGGCCCUCGACUACUACCGCAAGGGGGACUACGGCUACUUCGGGCUGACCCUCUUCUUCGUGCUGGUGCCGUCGCUGCUGGUGCAGAGCCUGAGCUUCCGCUGGUUCGUGCAGGACUACACGGGCGGCGGGCUGGGCGCCGUGGAGGGGCUCAGCAGCCGGGGUCCCCCCAUGAUGGGGGCCGUCUACGUCCGCGGCGGCCCGGGCGCGCAGCGCCUGUGCCGCCUCUCCGUGUGGAUCUGGCAGACGGUCAUCCACCUGCUGCAGAUGGGGCAGGUGUGGAGGUAUAUCCGCACCAUGUACCUGGGGAUUCAGAGCCAGCGGCGGAAGGAACACCAGCGACGCUUCUACUGGGCUAUGAUGUACGAAUAUGCAGACGUCAACAUGUUGCGCCUCCUCGAGACCUUCCUGGAGAGCGCCCCCCAACUGGUGCUACAGCUCUACAUAAUGAUCCAGAAGAACAGCGCCGAGACGCUGCCCUGUGUCUCCUCUGCAACUUCCCUGAUGUCCCUGGCUUGGGUGCUAGCCUCCUAUCACAAGCUGCUGCGGGACUCCAGGGACGACAAGAAGAGUAUGAGCUACAGAGGGGCCGUCAUCCACGUCUUCUGGCGCAUCUUCACCAUCUCAUCCAGAGUGAUCUCUUUUGCCCUCUUUGCUUCCAUCUUCCAGCUCUACUUCGGGAUCUUCGUGGUGGUUCACUGGUGCGCCAUGGCCUUCUGGAUCAUCCAUGGCGGAACAGACUUCUGCAUGUCCAAGUGGGAGGAGAUCCUCUUCAACAUGGUGGUAGGGAUUGUGUACAUUUUCUGCUGGUUUAACGUCAAGGAAGGGCGGACUCGAUAUCGAAUGUUUGCAUAUUACACGAUAGUCUUGACUGAGAAUGCUGCCUUGACAGUCCUUUGGUAUUUUUACAGAGACCCGGAGACCACUGACUCCUAUGCGGUGCCAGCACUGUGUUGUGUCUUUAUUAGCUUUGUGGCUGGGAUCGCACUGAUGCUCUUCUAUUAUGGUGUGCUGCAUCCCACGGGGCCUCGAGCUAAGAUCUUGGCCAGCUCCUGUUGUGCCGAGCUGCUCUGGGGCAUCCCUUUGCCCCCCGAUGUUGAGCCCAUGGAGCCUCAGACCCCUGGGUACCGGGGGACUCAGGUCACGCCUACCAGAGCCGUAACGGAACAACAGGAGGAUCUCACGGCUGACACUUGCUUGCCCGUUUUCCAAGUGAGACCCAUGCCCCCUACCCCAUUAGGGCGUCCUUAUCCCCCAGAAGGGCCCCUCAUUAAGAUUGACAUGCCAAGGAAAAGAUACCCAGCUUGGGAUGCUCAUUUUGUAGACAGGAGGUUGAGAAGGACUAUUAACAUUCUGCAGUAUGUCACCCCCACUGCAGUAGGCAUUCGGUAUAGAGAUGGACCGCUCCUUUAUGAGUUGCUACAGUAUGAGUCUUCACUCUAAGAGCAUCUUGACCCAAGUUGAGAAGGGGACCUUAAGUUCGGUUUGCGGUAAACACCGCUUGCAAGAAAUAUAACCCUCCCUUCCCCCAAAACACAGAACCACGACCACCACCAC